CCUGCCAUGGAGUUGCCACAUCGGUGGUAAAGAACCAGAAUUAGUUCAGCGAAAAACUGUUCUUUUUUGGAACCAAAACAAUUCCGCCGCGGCUCAUAUCAAAUAUGUCUAAAAUCACAAAAAACUCCAAUAAAAUUGACAGUAAGGAUUCUGGCAGCGGGGAAGAUUCAAAUAGUGGCGACAAUUACGCGUCCACAAGUUCCAGUGACUUUGAAACUAGCAGAAAACACAAACUACGUCGUAGAUCCUGUCGAAAUGUAUCAUAUCAUUAUCAUGCGCUGCCCAUGCGCGUAGUUGGCGAAAAUGCUGCAGCACUGGCACAAACACCCAGCACCACUCGUGAUUUAACAUUAAGCUCAGCUCAAAUAAUUGAAGACAGUUCCGAUUCUGAGUUUCAUAUUUCAAACGAUACCAGCAACGAUGAGCCGGCCAACAAAUCUAUAACGUUUACAGCUCGUCCAUUAGAGAAAUAUGAUUUAGAAUAUAUAAGAAAACUACGUAAGCGCAAAAAGAAGCCGAAUAAAACUUUAUAUGUUGAUUAAAUUUCAAAUAACAACUGUUGACCAGG